GCAAGCCUCGCGGGGCACUUCCGGCCCGCCGCUAGUCCGCUUCCCCCGCCUUCGCCGCCCGCUCGCUCGCCCGCUUGGACGGAGGGGAUGGCGUGAGCGGCGCGGAGCCGGAAGUGGCCCCUCGGAGGCAGGCCGGGCGACAUGGGGACCCGCGUCAGGCAAAACCCGGAAGCGACCUUUGAAGUCUACGCCGAAGUGACCUAUCCGGUGGCAACAGGCACAGAUCCUGAGGUGCGGAGGCAAUUCCCGGAGGACUACGGUGACCAGGAAAUUCUACAGACGCUGACCAAGUUCUGCUUCCCUUUCUAUGUGGACAGCAUCACCGUCGGCCAGGUCGGCCAGAACUUCACUUUCGUGCUCACAGACAUCGACAGCAAGCAGCGGUUCGGGUUCUGCCGCCUGUCUUCCGGGGCCAAGACCUGCUUCUGCAUCUUAAGUUACCUCCCUUGGUUUGAAGUCUUCUAUAAACUGCUCAACAUCUUGGCAGACUAUACGGCCAAAUCCCAGGACAGCCAGUGGUAUGAACUUCUCGACACUCUCUACAAACUGCCCAUCCCUCAGCCUGGCUCUUCUGUUCAUCUCAGCGUGCACUCUUACUUUACCGUGCCCGACAUCAGAGAACUUCCCAGCAUACCUGAAAAUAAACCUGACCGAGUAUUUUGUGGCCGUGGACGUCAACAACAUGCUGCACCUCUACGCCAGCAUGCUGUACGAGCGGCGCAUCCUCAUCUGCUGCAGCAAGCUCAGCACCGUGAGUGGGAGAGGCCAAUGGGUGCUCCGGUUGACGGCCUGCAUCCACGGCUCCGCGGCGAUGCUCUACCCCAUGUUUUGGCAACAUGUUUACAUCCCUGUGCUGCCCCCACACCUCUUGGACUACUGCUGCGCGCCAAUGCCCUACCUCAUCGGGAUACACUUGAGCCUCAUGGAGGGACGGGAAACCGCCUCUCCCAGGCUGCAUUUAAAGUGAGAACGAUGGCCCUGGAAGACGUGGUCAUCCUCAACGUGGACACGAAUACGCUGGAAACGCCGUUCGACGAUCUUCAGAGCCUUCCGAACGACGUGGUGUCCGCACUGAAGAGCAGGUUGAAGAAGGUCUCCAUGACCACAGGAGACGGCGUGGCCAGAGCGUUCCUGAAGGCCCAGGCUGCUUUCUUCGGGAGCUACAGAAGCGCCCUGAAGAUCGAGCCCGGAGAGCCCAUCACGUUCUGCGAGGAGACCUUCGCCUCCCACCGCUCGGCCACCAUGCGCCAGUUCCUCCAGAACGCCAUCCAGCUCCAGCUCUUCAAGCAGUUCAUUGAUGGCCGCCUCGAUCUCCUCAACUCUGGAGAAGGCUUCAGCGACGUCUUCGAGGAAGAGAUCAACAUGAGCGAAUAUGCCGGUAGCGAUAAGCUGUACCACCAGUGGCUGUCGACGGUGCGGAAAGGAAGCGGUGCCAUUUUGAACACGGUCAAGACCAAGGCCAACCCCGCCAUGAAGACGGUCUACAAGUUUGCCAAAGACCACGCCAGGAUGGGCAUCAAGGAGGUGAAAAACCGCUUGAAGCAAAAGGACAUUGCCGAGAACGGUUGCGCCACGGUUCCGGAGGACACCCUGCCCCGCACCGCCCCGUCCCCGCCAGAGGACAAGAGAGACCCCAGGCUCCGAGAAGAACGCCGGCCCAUCACGGUGCACUUUGGACAGCAAAGCACCCGGCCGGAAAGACCGCCUCCACCCAAGAUCCACCGCUCCUCCAGGCCUGUCCGCCCUCCCCGGCCCCACGUCUCCCGGAGGCCCAAGAGCAACGUUCCUCUCGACGGGCGACGGACCUCGGUCUCCAGUCCGGAGCACCUGGUCAAGCCCACGCGCCACUACACGGUCUUUCUCUCGGAGGACUCUUCCGGCGACGAGGAGUUUCCCCAGGAGGACGACCCAGGCUCGGCCUUCUCUGACAGCUUCCUCUUCUCCGCUCCCUUUGAAUGGCCGCAGCCGUAUCGCACCCUGAAGGAGUCGGACAGCGCGGAGGGAGAGGGAGGGUCCGUCCCCGCCAGGCCCCGCGCCGGGCCCCCCACGCCGGACAGCCCGGCCGAGGUCAGCCUCCUGGAGAGCCUCUUCUCCGGCCUGGACGUGGACACGGGGGCCCCACCACCACUCAGCCAGGCCAGAAGCCUCGAGGACCUGAGGAUCCCCAGCCAGGAAGCAGAGCGGACACCCACCUUCGACUACCAGAGGAUGGACCCCGGUGGCACCUCCGAGAAGCCCUGGCCCUCCCCGGGGAUGAAGCCCCCGCCCCCGUACCGGCCGCUGUGGGGCCUGGGCCAGGACGACAUGGCCCUUCCCAGCCGAUGCGCCCAGCGCUCCCCCGAGCGGUCCCUGGCGCCCCCGGUCCCCCCGCGGCCACGCAGCAGAGACGGCACCCUGGACGCGGCCGAGAAGGACCUGGUGGGCGGCCCCCCCUCCCCCCAGGGGAGCAUCACCAUCCCGCGUCCGCAGGGCAGGAGGACCCCCGAGGUGGGCAUCGUCCCCCCGCCGCCUGCGCCCCGGCCGACCAGGCAGCUGCCCCUUCCGGACACGGGGGCCUCGGAGCUGAGCGCCCCUCUCGAACCCACAUUCCGUCAGCCGGCCGGGUUCAACGCUCACCACGCGGGGGGCGCGACUGAAAUGCUCCAGCCGGUCAGGGUCACCGUGGAGGGUGCCGACCGCGACAGCGACUUCCUCCUGACCCUCCUGGACCCCUUGAAAGGAGGGGGGUCCGGGAACCUCCUGGGCUUCCCUCCCACCGCAGGGGACCUCGUGCCCCCGGUGCCGCCGCUGUUUGGCCACCCUCUGGCCACCCCUCCCUUCGCCCCGCCGUCCUCCCUCAACCCGUUUGUGCCGGCGGUGCCCUUGUCCCUGGCCCGGCCCCCCGGGAGCCCCUUCGCCCCUUCGCUGGGCCACGCGUACAGCUCCGGCUUCAUCACGUCCGCCUCGACCUUCUACCCACCACAGAGGCCUCCGCCCAACCCGCUGGCGCUCUCCAUGCCCAACCUCUUUGCCCAGUCCCCGGUGGCCCCGGUGCCUUCCCCGAGCGCCACCCCGUACCCGGCGCAGCUUCCGGGCCCUUCCAAAACCCGGACACUGCCCCUGGCCGGUUCGGCCUCCAAAGCAGAAGCCAAGGCCUGGUUGGCCGAGCGGCCCGUCGACCUCCCACUGCCCCCCCUCAAGGCCCGGCCGCAGGUGAAGGACCCCUUCGAAGAGCUGCUCGCGAAGACCAAGCAGGAGGUCUCGGUCACGCCGGGAAAAGUGGAGCAGCUGAGGCGGCAGUGGGAGACCUUCGAGUGACCCGCCGGCGGGAUGCCUUCCCAGGUUGCGCCAAUGCUGAGCCAAUGCAGAGCCACCACGUUCCACGGGCACGGCCAGGAGCCCUCACCCCGCGGCCGGUGACGGUGCUGCUGGUACUACGUCCUGACCCAGAGCACAUCCCAGGGAAUCCUCGCCCAGAGUCACCCUCGCCUUUCAGGCCUGGCCGGUCGCCCAAAGAUGGCUCGGGUAUGGGCACAGGGGUUAUGAGCCCUUCCCUUCCCUCUUCCAAAUUCCAAAUGACUGGAUUGGAGUGGUCAGUUGCUCACUGACAUUCUGUUUGUUUCUGCAAUCAUGGUCCACUUCUCCACUUCCGAGGUGACUCGACUUCCGAGGUGACUCGACUUCCGAAGUGACUCGACUUCCGAAACUACGACUCGCUUUUUCACCACUGGGAUCAGUAUUGAAUUUAAGUGUUUUUCUUGUGUUUUCACCGGCUGCAAUUAUUAUUAUUUUGCUUUCUCAUGGAGAUACCGCACACACACGGGCCCGUCUGUUUGGGUCAAGUUAAUCACUGGGCUUUUUGUUACGUUAAUCACUGGCCUUUUUGAACUGAAUCCUUUUUUGUUACAAUUUCUUGUGUUCAUACAAGUGGAUUAUUGAUUUGACUACUUUCAAACUCUCUAUCCUUCCAAAUCGUGCACGCAACAAGGGACCUCUCGCCCUAAGGAAACCCAGUCUCAGUAUUUGUUUCUGGACCACCAGGCAUUCGUAACGAGAUGGCCUGUGGUUCCGUGUCAUAUCUACCAGAACAGUGGAAAUCACCAGCAGUGGUCCUUUGGAACAUGCCCUUCUCAUGGUUCCCUCAACUCUCCAAGAACGGUGUGGAUGUAUGUAGGUGUAUAUAUAUCGAUAUAUAUAUUAUAUAUAUAUAUAUGCGCUAAUAGGUCACAGUAUAAUGUAAUAGUACCUUAUUUUGUUACCAAAAAUGAUAAGAAGACCAA